UCUUUCUCUCUCUAACUCUGCUGAUAUAUAUGUGUAUGUAUAUAUAUACAGAGAUAGAUAUAUAAUCAAAGCCUUGGAAAGAUUACAAAUUGGUAUAAACGAGCUCUAGGACUUUCUCUGUCUAAGAAUCAUCAUCGCCAUUGCUUCAAGAAUCUCUCUCUCUCUCUCUCUCUCUCCAUCUCUGAGACUCUUUCUAUUAUCGGCAAUUGAAGCCGAAGCAGAUUGUUCAAAGGCCGGCAUUUUGGAUUUCGCGUCUGAGUUUUCUUCCAAAGCAAUAUAGAGAUAUGGAUUCCGUUCAGUCACAGCAGAGAAGAGGAGGUUUGGUGUCGCUCUCACCUUCUCAGACGCCGCGGUCGAGCGACAAGGCAGUUCGGGAUCUGCGAUCUGGGGAUUCGAAUUCUUCGAGCAAGCAUGAUAAAGACAAAGGUGUCAAUGUGCAAGUUCUUGUGCGUUGCAGGCCUCUGAGUGAGGAUGAGUUGAGGUUACAUACCCCAGUUGUGGUAACUUGUAAUGAGAACAGGAAGGAAGUUUCUGCAAUUCAGAAUAUAGCUAACAAGCAAAUUGACAGGACCUUUGCGUUUGACAAGGUCUUCGGUCCAGCAUCCCAACAAAAGGAGUUAUAUGACCAGGCAGUGUCUCAUAUUGUGUUUGAAGUGCUUGAGGGCUAUAAUUGCACCAUUUUUGCCUAUGGUCAGACAGGAACAGGGAAAACAUACACGAUGGAAGGUGGAGCAAGAAAAAAGAAUGGAGAGUUUCCAAGUGAUGCGGGUGUUAUCCCAAGAGCUGUCAAACAAAUUUUUGACAUAUUAGAAGCUCAGAGUGCCGAGUAUAGCAUGAAAGUGACUUUUCUAGAGCUGUACAAUGAGGAGAUUACGGAUCUCUUGGCCCCUGAGGAAACCACAAAAUUUAUAGAUGACAAGUCUAAAAAACCCAUCGCUCUCAUGGAGGACGGAAAGGGAGGUGUCUUUGUUAGGGGCUUGGAAGAAGAAAUAGUAUGUACUGCAAAUGAAAUCUACAAAAUAUUGGAGAAAGGUUCUGCAAAAAGGCGCACAGCUGAAACUCUUCUUAACAAACAAAGCAGUCGUUCUCACUCAAUAUUUUCCGUCACAAUUCACAUUAAGGAAUGUACUCCAGAGGGGGAAGAAAUGAUCAAAUGUGGGAAGCUGAAUCUUGUCGACCUUGCUGGUUCCGAGAACAUUUCUCGUUCUGGUGCCAGAGAGGGCAGAGCUAGGGAAGCUGGAGAGAUAAAUAAAAGCUUACUUACUCUUGGUCGUGUCAUUAAUGCACUGGUCGAACACUCUGGUCAUAUUCCAUAUAGGGAUAGCAAGCUAACAAGAUUGCUAAGGGACUCCUUGGGAGGGAAGACAAAGACGUGCAUAAUCGCCACAAUAUCACCCUCCAUCCAUUGUCUAGAAGAAACGCUCAGCACCCUUGAUUAUGCCCACCGUGCCAAAAAUAUAAAGAACAAGCCAGAGAUAAACCAAAAGAUGAUGAAAUCUGCUUUGAUCAAGGAUUUGUACUCCGAAAUUGACAGGCUCAAGCAAGAGGUAUAUGCUGCAAGAGAGAAGAAUGGAAUCUAUAUACCACGAGAUCGUUACCUUCAUGAAGAAGCAGAGAAAAAGGCAAUGACUGAAAAGAUAGAGCGCAUGGAAAUUGAAUCUGACUCUAAAGAUAAGCAAAUUAUGGAGCUUCAAGAACUCUACAGUGCUCAACAACUUCUAACUGCAGAACUAAGUGAAAAACUUGAAUGGACUGAGAAAAAACUCGAGCAAACUGAACAAGUGUUGUUUGAUCUCGAAGAAAAGCAUCGACAAGCAAAUGUGACAAUAAAAGAGAAGGAAUUUUUGAUAUCCAAUCUCCUCAAAUCUGAGAAAGCACUUGUUGAGCGUGCGGUUGAACUUCGAACAGAGCUAGAGAAUGCUGCAUCAGAUGUCUCGAGUUUAUUUGCCAAAAUUGAACGCAAGGAUAAAAUUGAAGAUGGGAACAAACUACUUGUGCAGAAGUUCCGAUCCCAAUUAACUCAACAACUUGAAAUCUUGCAUAAGACUGUUGCAGUUUCUGUGACACAACAGGAGCAACAACUGAAAGAUAUGGAUGAAGAUAUGAAGUCCUUUGUAUCAACAAAGGCUGAGGCUACUGAAGAACUACGAGACAGGCUGGGGAAGUUGAAGACUAUGUAUGGUUCUGGUAUUAAAGCUUUGGAUGACAUUUCUGGGGAGCUUGAAGGGAAUUCUUGGUCAACUUUUGUUGACCUAAAUUCUGAGGUCUCUAAGCAUGCUUCUGCACUAGAGGAUCUAUUCAAAGGAAUUGCCUCAGAAGCUGAUGCAUUACUUAGUGAUCUUGAAAGUAGCCUUAACAAGCAAGAGGAGAAGCUUUCUGCAUAUGCUCAACAACACCGUGAGGCACAUGCCAGAGCAGUGGAAACUGCACGUUCAAUUUCUAAGAUUACUGUGAACUUCUUCAACACUUUAGACACACAUGCGUCCAAUCUGACCCAAAUUGUGGAAGAAGCACAGAGUGUAAAUGAUAGGAAGUUGUCUGAAUUUGAAGAGAAAUUUGAGGAGUGUGCUGCUAAUGAGGAACGACAAUUGUUGGAAAAAGUGGCAGAGCUGCUGGCAAGUUCAAAUGCUAGGAAGAAAAGCCUGGUCCAAUUGGCAGUUAAUGAUCUUAGGGAGAGUGCAACCAGUAGGACCAUCAAACUGCAGCAAGAAAUGUCAACCAUGCAAGAUUCCACAUCUUCCGUCAAGGGCAAGUGGACUCUUCACAUGGAAGAAACAGAAUCUCACUACUUGGAAGAUACUUCUGCUGUGGAAUCGGGAAAGAAAGACCUAGAGGAGGUUCUUCAUAACUGUUUGAAGAAGGCAAAAACAGGUGCACAACAAUGGAGGAAUGCUCAAGAAUCCUUGAUCAGUCUAGAAAACAAAAAUGUUGCAGCCGUGGAUUCCAUUGUCAGGGGUGGGACGGAAGCCAUCGAGACCCUGCGUGCAAGGUUUUCCUCUGCUGUUUCAGCUGCACUUGAAGAUGCAGAUAUUGCAAACAGGAAUAUGCUUUCAUCCAUUGAUCAGUCGUUACUACUUGACCAUGAUGCAUGUGGAAACUUAAACUCGAUGAUUGUUCCUUGUUGCGGAGAUCUGAGAGAAUUGAAAGGUGGCCAUUACCACAAGAUUGUGGAAAUCACCGAGAACUCAGGAAAAUGUCUUCUGGAUGAAUAUGUGGUGGACGAACCAUCUUGUUCCACACCAAGAAAGAGGUCAUUCAAUCUACCAAGCGUUGCAUCUCUUGAAGAACUCAGAACCCCGUCUUUUGAGGAAUUGUUGAAGUCAUUUUGGGACUCCAAAUCAGUAAAGCAGGCAAAUGGGGAUUUAAAACACGUUAUUGCAGGCGCUUAUGAGGCCGCUCAAUCAUUAAGAGAUUCCAGAGUUCCUCUCACAGCUAUUAACUGAGGAAAGAGGAGAGCUUUCUCAGACAAAGUAUAGUGGAGAGAGAAAAAGCGUGUACAUAGUAUAUGGUCUAAUAUGUACUCUAUUACUGAGCUCUCAUAUUCGUUAUUGUUUCUUUUCCUUUUAAAACAGGGAAAACGAAAUUAUUACUUUUUUAAAGGUG